AUGACUUUUGAAGCAAAUAAGGGCUUCUUUCUAGUGAUAUUUUCUUCACUUUAUUUGAUCACCAUUUUAGGCAAUAUCUUCAUUGUGGUCAUAAUCAUUACUGACCCUCAACUCCACUCCCCCAUGUACUUCCUAUUGGCUAACGUUUCCUUCAUUGAUUUCUGCCUUUCCUCUGUCACUACCCCUAAAAUGAUCACAGUCUUUCUCAAAGAAAGGAAGACCAUCUCCUUUGUAGGGUGUAUGUGUCAGAUUUUCUUUGGAUACUUCUUUGGAGGAGGUGAAAUGGUACUGAUUGUUUCAAUGGCUUAUGACUGCCAGGUGACCAUCUGUAAGCCACUCCAUUGCUCUAGCAUCAUAAACAGACAUAUGUGCAUUGGGUUAGUGAUGACAUCAUGGAUCAUUGGCUUUUUACAUUCGAUUAGCCAACUAGUUGUCAUUGUGAAGCUGCCCUUCUGUGACUCUGAACCUAGAGAAUUUAAUAGCUUUUUCUUUGACCUUCCAUUGGCGAUCAAGCUAGCCUGCACAGAUACCUAUAUUCUAGAAAAUUUGAUAAAUGCUGACAGUGGCAUACUAGCAACAAUCUGCUUUAUUCUGUUGCUGAUCUCUUACUGUAGUAUUCUGUUGACUGUCUUCCUUCACUCUAAGAGUGAGUCACCCAAGGCACUUACUACCUGUACGGCCCACAUCACACUGGUGAUGUCAUUCUUUGGACCUUGUAUCUUCACCUAUCUAUGGCCAGUCAGCAUUACAUGGGAUAGCAAGUUUCUUGCUGUGUUUUAUGCAGUGAUCACUCCUCUACUAAAUCUUGGCAUUUACACCUUCAGAAACAAAGAGAUUACAAUUGCCAUAAGGAGACUAAAUGUUAGCAAAUGGAUUUCAUUUGUUAUUUCAGGAACACACAAUAUUAAAGUGUCACUGUAA